AUGACUGCUCAAGUUGAUAUCAGAGGGUCCACCAAUAUUGCUACCGAUAAAACUUUCCAUAAUCUUUCCAGAGUGGCUUCAAAAAAAAUAUCAAAUCUCCGUCGUCGUAUUUCCGCUCGCGACUCAAGUUCUAAUAAUAAACCACAAAGAACGAAUGAUAAUUUCGUCCAAGAAAAUUCAUACAUUGCUGAACAAGGAAC